AUGGGGGUGUAUUUGCCAUCGGGUUUGAUCGCCAUCGCUGUCAUCGCCAACACGCCCCAAGUAGCUCUCUCAUUUCUGUACUUUAGCUACAACGCGCUCUUCACGGCCAUGCUAAUGGGCUACGAAUGGGUGUCUUAUUCAAGCAAGCGUAAAGGCCUUCGCGUAACUCAUCAACCUGCCGGUGCUCAACGGUCGACGUACUUCCUCCAGCUACCCUAUCGCUUCGGUAUACCUCUCAUGGUGCUAAGUGGCACAUUACACUGGCUGGUUUCGCAAAGCAUUUUCCUGUUCGCCAUCGACUUUUACGACCCAUUUGGGAAACCGGGCACUGGGCGUGAUGACAUGCCAUUCGAUUACAAGACUCUGGGUUACUCGCCGCCGGCCAUUAUAUCAGUGAUAGUGUUGGGUGGACUAAUGGUCAUCAGCAUAGUUGCUUUGGGGUACACACCAUAUAAGCGUGGAAUGCCAAUUGUGGGCAGCUGCAGUAUGGCCAUCAGCGCAGCGUGUCAUCCGACAGAACAGGUUGGCAGUGGUGAGAACAUUGCCGAGAAGAAACUGCAGUGGGGCGUUGUCAGUACUGGUACUGAUGGACUGGGCCAUUGCGCUUUCUCGGCAGAAGAUGUGGGAGCAGUCGUUGAAGGCAAGAUGUACGGUGGGCAUUCGCUAUAG